GUCAAUCACGCAGAGCUGCGACUGCGCGGGAACCAGAUACCGACUGAAUAUUCUCUGAGUGUCUGAACACAGACCUGCGCCUGCCCUGCUGGGGAAGUCGAGGCAGGGAUUGAACCCCCCGCUUUCAGAUCCCUUCUUACCGCAAAACAGGCAGAGAGAAGAGAAAUAGCUGGGGGCUAAGAAGCUGGUUUUGGUCUCUACACGCCCCAAACUGCAAACUUACUUUCUUUUCCUUUCUAUACCUCACUUCUCACCCCCAAGUAAGUGACACCACCAACCAUCCUCAGUUUACAUGCAUUUUUUUUGGAGGGUCUUUUUCAAACUCUUUAAAAUAUAUGGAAAGCUCUGGUCCUGCCACGCCUUAGUUGGAGACUCGUGUUGGAGUUGUGUAGGAAGAAAACAGAAGUUUUGCUGAAGGGAGACGUCUCCACUGUCCGUUGCCACUUGAGUGGACCUACAUUCCUGGAUUCGUAGUGGGCUCCGAAUAAACUUCUGAAGGGUGAAGGAGAGGGAGAAAGAUGUCCGUUGAUUGGACUUGAGCCGCGCAAAUAAAUCAAAGAGCAUGCCUAAGACGAAAAUCUGCAGGCCUGGGGGGACUUUGCUCUGGAUUCUGGCCACUUGGCCGGGCCAGCCCCGUGGCUGAACACGUGCUGAGUGCAGGAGCGGCAGUGGCCAGGUUGUGGGCAGACUGCUGGACCCAGACCAGCCUCCGGUGCCUUAUCCUGCCCUGCUAAGGAAGAGUACAGCUGGCACUUUGAGGAGUUGAGCUGCAGCUGCCCUUGCAGAGCAAACGAUGGAGAAAGACGAUCGGGAGAAGGAAGGGAAGCUGACCCUGGUGCUUGCCCUGGCAACAUUGAUAGCUGCCUUUGGUUCAUCCUUCCAAUAUGGGUACAACGUGGCUGCUGUCAACUCACCGUCAGAGCUCAUGCAGCAGUUUUACAAUAACACCUACCAGGAAAGAACCCAGGAGACCCUUGAUUCCUUCUCCUUGACACUGCUGUGGUCCGUGACGGUGUCCAUGUUCCCCUUUGGAGGCUUUAUUGGUUCUCUCAUGGUUGGACCCUUGGUGAAUAAGUUGGGCAGAAAAGGGGCCUUGCUAUUCAACAACAUCUUCUCUAUCGUGCCAGCCAUCUUAAUGGGGUGCAGCAAAACUGCCAGAUCAUAUGAGCUGAUCAUUGCUUCCAGACUCAUGGUUGGAAUAUGUGCAGGUCUAUCUUCCAAUGUGGUCCCUAUGUACUUAGGGGAACUGGCCCCUAAAAACCUGCGAGGGGCCCUUGGGGUGGUACCCCAGCUCUUCAUCACCGUCGGCAUCCUCGUGGCCCAGCUGUUUGGCUUUCGGAAUGUCUUAGCAAAUGAGGAAGGCUGGCCCAUCCUCCUGGGGCUGACUGGAGUCCCCGCAGCCUUACAGGUCCUCUUCCUGCCCUUCUUCCCUGAGAGCCCCCGCUACCUGCUGAUUCAGAAGAAAGACGUGUCAGCCACCGAGAAAGCCCUGCAGAGGCUUCGAGGUUGGAAGGAUGUGACCCUAGAAAUGGAGGAGAUCCAGAGGGAGGAUGAGGCUGAGAAGGCCGCGGGCUUUAUCUCUGUGUGGAAGUUGUUCAAGAUGCAGUCCCUGCGCUGGCAACUCAUCUCCAUCAUCGUCCUCAUGGCUGGCCAGCAGCUGUCAGGAGUGAACGCGAUCUACUACUAUGCUGACAAGAUCUACCUCAGCGCAGGUGUGAAGAGCAAUGACGUCCAGUAUGUGACUGCUGGGACAGGGGCAGUCAAUGUGUUCAUGACCAUUGUCACGAUAUUUGUGGUAGAGCUUUGGGGACGGCGGCUUCUACUCCUCCUUGGCUUCUCCACCUGCCUCACUGCCUGUAUCGUGCUGACGGUCGCUCUGGCGCUGCAGGACACCGUCUCCUGGAUGCCUUACGUCAGCAUCGUCUGCGUCAUCGUCUAUGUCGUAGGACAUGCCCUGGGACCCAGUCCCAUCCCUGCCCUGCUCAUCACUGAGAUCUUCCUGCAGUCCUCCAGACCAGCCGCCUACAUGGUCGGGGGUAGUGUCCACUGGCUCUCCAACUUCACCGUGGGGCUCAUCUUCCCAUUCAUUCAAGUGGGCCUCGGUGCCUACAGCUUCAUCAUCUUCGCAAUCAUAUGUCUCCUCACCACCAUCUACAUCUUCCUGGUCAUCCCAGAGACCAAGGGCAGGUCAUUCAUUGAGAUCAACCAUAUCUUUGCCAAGAAGAACAAGGUGUCGGAUGUGUACCCAGAGAAGGAGGAACUCAAAGACCUUCCACCUGCUGUUUCUCCGUAGUACCAGAGCCAGGGCACGAGCCAGUGUAGCUGGUCUGCAUGGACCUUUUCUCUGGACUUUGGUUCUGUCUUCUUAUUGUCUGUGACACUGGAAAUGAGACGAGCCUGGCAGAGAAUGCCAGCCCCAUCACCAGCCCCCAUCCAGUGAGGACAUCUGACCUCCUUUUGUGCUUUUCUGCUGUCUCUAAGCACAGAGGCCAGUCACAGGCUCUCAGCCACAUGCGACACUGUCCCUCACCUUUGCUAAGGAGACUGUGGUGUGGGUACUGUAACACAGCUUUUCUAACAAAAACAGUUCCUGCAGGACCAGACGGGAGGACCACAUUACACCAGCCAAGCUGACCCUUUGGUGGCUCCCACGUGCCUAGGGGGUCACUGAACCACAGUGACCCAAGGAGGUUGCUGGCAUUUGCUCGGGAUUGAAGUCAUCCUUAUCCUGACCCAGCAGUGUCAUGAAGCUGGGGAACAGACCAUGGAGAGAUAUUAACUGAGCAUGAACUAUUGACUGUAAAUGAUAUUAGUGGAACACCUAUGUAUAACCAAUAAAAGAGAUCUGACACUUUUCA